AAACUGAAUUCAUAUUUCAGUGUUAUUUUGUUUUUAGGAUGCGUUGAAAUGGCUGUGAACGGCAUCAAACCCGAUCAUACUGUGUUUUGUCCCAACAACUGCUCAGUAAAACACAACGAAAUGAUCAUUGCAUUGAGUGGGAUUGCCGAUGCCUGCAGGAAUCCGCCAGACUUAGGGGCCUUAAAAGUCGCGCUUUACUCUCAUCUGCAAACGGGAUGGAAUGCGCAGAGCAAUGUCCCGGAUGCCCUUGCGGAAUUCCGCUUUCCUUUGGUACAGUGGGCGUGUGUGUUAGGCAGAACUCAGGCUUUAAGCUGGCUUCUCACAAAGAUGAAGUUCAAGGCAUUUGUCGUGGCUGAGCGAACCGGCGAAACAGGUUUACACCGAGCUGUGAGAUUGCUACAUCUUGUUAGAAGCCGCGAUGCGACCCCUCGGUCGGUGGAAUUCAUUUCCAACCAGUUCAGUUUGGUGUUGUAUACGCUCACUGAACAAGACCCUCAUGGACUGUUUAUAAGAGACAAAGUACAAGGCAACUCUGCUUUUCAUAUUUGUGCGCUAUGCAUAACCCAACAAGGGUCCAUUAACAGUGAGUUAGAGUACUAUGAGAACUGUAUGAAAAUUUUGCUUGAACGCCUCUCUAGUUUGCAGACAAUGGAAAAGUUACCUAGAGAUGCGCUGAAGAAAGCAAUUAAUCUACAGAAUGACCGUGGCGAUUCUAUUCUUCAUAUACUCUCGCGUAGCAACGUCUCCGUCAAGACUGUGAGAUAUCUUUUGUCGGAUUAUCACGAAAUUCUUUACAAGUUUACGAAAAACGGCGAAAGUCAAACCCCGCUUGAUGUUGCUCGAGAUCGAAAGGCUGACCUUGUUGAGAAAGUAAUCCUGGACUCUGCAGGGCUCGGUGUGGAGCAACUAGCACGGAAAUACCCUGAUUUAUACCAGCUCUAUACUCAAGACAAUGUAGAGGAGGCGUCCCACACUGCUACCACAGUUCUACCUGCCAAAAACUCUGAUCACAACGAUACUACAGCGCGCGGCCAACUGGAUAAGGCGGAUGAUGUAUAUGAGGGUUAUAGUCUGCGCUUAACUAGUUUUCUCCCUAGAGAAGGAUUCUAUCGUCAGAGUCCGUCACAGGGUAUACUUUCUUCUGAUGACAAUUGUUCGCAGGAUGAAAUGGGUCAUUCUCCAUCUCUUCUUGAAAGCACUCCAGUCUCUUGCAUUUCUCCAACUAUUUCUUCUAGUGAGAUCGUAAAUUGCAGCCAUUCUAACGUCAAAAAUGAUUCUCAACAGAGCGUCUCAACAAGUGCGUUGACACAGAAUAGUUGUGUUUCUGUGACUGUCGAAAAUAGCGUUUUAAUAAACCUUCAGGAGGACGAAACAGAUGAUGAAGAUCAUAACGUUGUUGAUGUGCCAUGCGUGGUAAAUUGCGCCAUUGAUAGCUUGGAAGUAAAUGUGCCUUACAGUUCAAACACACUGGACGAGAAUUCUCAGUUUUCCGAAUCUGUGUUGCCACUGGACAGUGAAGGUCUUGAUAUCCCAGAAUCCGCUAUUGGAAACAUAGCGUCACAGGAACAAGACACGUGCUCCGAACAAGAUGAGUCUUCAUUAGCACGUGAAGAUGGCUCGAGCAGCUCUCUAGCAAAGAUCAUUCGAGAGGAAAGUGACGUGGCCAGUAUGUUAGUAGCGCGGCUUCAAGACAAAAAGGAGCUAAAUCGCGCUGAACUCCGCAGGGCUCAGCGAGAAUUGACAGAGAAACAGGCUAGAGAAAAAGAAGCGAGCUCUACUCUCCAGCAACUUCAAGCAGAAUUGAAAAAUGUUUGUACUCAAAAGGAAAAUUUAGGGCGAAGAAGAAAAGAAUUACUAGAAGAACUCAAAAGUAUUGAGGGAAACAUUUCUCAGCUUCAAGAAGAAUCAGUUGGACUACAAUGUAGAGUGAAUGAUCAAGCUUCUAUCACGGAGAGCUUCAGAAAAGAUCGAGAAAAGGCAGGCGAAACGUGCGCUUGUCUAAAACGAAAGUUCACAGAAUAUAGCCAAGCCUUAAGUGAUAUUUCCUCUUCUUGUGGAGAGUCCACAGCCAAGAAGGAACGCUACGACGACGAAUAA